AAAUUUUACCGCGGUUGCGCAUGCGUCGACUGUUCUAUUCGUGUUGGUGAUGUGUCUGUGUGUAUGGUAACAUGUAAUGCUAUUCAGACAGUGAUAUUUACACAAAUAAAAUUUUUGAAGAAUAAAUAAAAAAUGAGUGACGGAGAAAAGCGUUAUUAUUGGAAAGGAAAGCGAGUGAACGAAAAAAUCUACAACCUACGUAUUUCUCAACGCAAGAACGGACAGAAAAGAAAGAAAACAUGCGAUCUAACCUCUCAGUUGUCUGACAUUGUACCAGGAAGGAGAAUAAUAGAUGUUUGUCAUUUCCUAAAACAACUUAAAUGCGUACAUUGCAAGGCAUUGCUGGAUUUGGAAGAAAAUCUUAAAAGAGAAGAACGACGUGGCUUGGGUUCGACUUGGCAUGUAUUGUGUACAGCUUGCAAUAUUUUAAACAAAGUUACUACUGACAAGCAACAUCCAGAUGCAACGACUAAAAGGCAAUGUUUCGAUACAAAUUCCAAGAUUGCAAUAGGCGCACUUCACUAUGGGAUUGGAGCAACUCAUCUCAAUAAAAUGUUCGCCUCUGCUAAUAUACCUUCAAUUGAUUCCAAAACUUUCAAGACACAUGAAAAUGCAAUGGGAACAGCUGUUGAAGAAGUGGCUAAAGAAAGUUGUCAUAAAUGGGCUGAAGUUGAACGUAAAAUGACGAUUGAAAAUUCAGAUUAGAUUCAACAGUCAUUGUAAGCAUUGUCAGUUUAGAUGUUUUUAUGUUGUAAAAAAUUGGUACUCGAUUGUACAGUCAAUACUUAGAUGAUCGAGGAUUUUGAAGUAUUGUCAUGUUGCAAAAUUCU